AUGGCGACGAACAUUACCCGAUUAUGCUUCGUCUCCUCAACCACUAGUUCUUCCGCGCCUUUCCUAUAUCACACUCGAACACUUGCCUCACUUUCGCCUCCCUUCCGACAACUCGAUCGUCGCUUUUCGCGCUCCUAUUCUACACAGAACAGCGCCGUCGAGAUCAACGAGGCACCAGAGACCAGAACACCUGAGGAUAAAUCAAGUCGGGAUGCUUCUGAAGAGUCAAUCAUCUCCAGCACGCCGAAGCAAGAAACCCGGAGACCGCGCAGAAGCUUCCUGCACCAACGAGCAACCCACGAAAGACCUUCAUACUCCAGAAAACCGAAAGUCACAACCCAAGAACAACAGGUUUUUGGAUCGUUGUUAGAGAAACUUGGAAUCAAACACGAUGGCGAGAGUGCCGAGGUGGACUCAACGAUACAAAUGAGUGAGGAUAAGAAGGCAGAAAUGGCCGAGCUCAAGUCCUUAUUUGACCCUCUGCUCAAAAACCCUAUGCAAAAGCGAGCUGCAUUGAGAGCCGAGGCUCGGCGGAAGAGAGAACAACACGAAACAUACCGAAGACAGAAGCAGGAAGAGGCAGAAGCAAGGGAACUCCUCCGCGAGGAGGAUUACGGUCCAAAGCGAAUCAAGCUCCGCGAUCUGGGCUACUCCGAGCCGGCCUCGAACACCGGAGUCGAGCCCACCGUCACCCUGAGAGAGGCGACCAACAUUGUUGUCAGGACCGAGUUUGAACACAUCGAGUUCCUCCUCUUCCAAGCCGUCGAGGACGGCACGGGCGAUCUGGGCGUGUGGGAGGUCUGCAAAGAGCGCAUCUUCUCCAUGCUAAAUCAUCUGGACGAGAAAUCCCUCGAGAAGGCGAUAGAGAAAUCCCUCGAGGUGGUAGACCCUGACUCGGUUAGUCCAGAAGACCAAGACCGACCCGACACCACGAUUAGCGGCAGCGGACCACUCCGAGUCCCGGCCGUCGUGCCCGUCGGCCCCGUCGUGGUCGUGCUGUACCCGAAGUCUCUGCUGGUCGCCUUCCGUCUGCUGAGAACUCACUUCCCGAAUUCCCCGCUCAUCCCGGAGUUCCGGUCGACUAUCAAAGAAUACGGACGUGUCUCUGCGUUCCUCGGUGCUUCGUCCGGUCUGUACGAUGAACUGAUCCACUACUACUGGCGAGUAUGCAAGGAUCUUCCCGCUGUCGUCUCGAUUCUAAGCGAUAUGAAUCAGCUGGGUAUCAACCCGGCUUACAAGACCCGUAACCUGCUGAUUGAUCUUAUCAUCCAGCAACGCCAGGAUGUCAAAGAUCAGCAGAGCGUGUCGUUCUGGGAUUUGCCGUCCACCAAGGAUGCAUAUGAGCAACUGACUCGUGAGGGCGGAUGGAUGGAUCAGAUAGAGGCGCGUACGUUCGAAGACAAGGAACGGUGGUCUAGGGCGAAGUGGCCUCAGACCUGA